AUGUCGCUCCUGUCGCCAGCGUGUUGUGAACAGGAUCAUGCAGUGCAGUACAGUAUUGUGAACGGCGUUGACAUUUCCGAAAAGACUCACGCGGAAGCAGUGGCGUUUUUGCGGAGCUGUCCUGAGGUAGUGACGCUUCGGCUUUACCGUGACAUGGAUCAAACCCCGGUGUCACCUCUUUCACCGACUGCGACGAGCGUCGAGGAUAUCACCGACUCUACCAACAAGCGCAACAUAGGCAGCAGUCCUUCAACUCUCAGAAGGAACAAGCUGAAAUUCCGACAAGAAGCUCAGGACAUGUUGCUCGGACUAGCUAUCCAGCGAGGCAAAACGCCACCGAAUGCCUCACCCAACUUCAACUCUCUGGGUCGUCAGCGUCGGCUGAAGCAGAUGCAGAACAGCAAUGCGUCGUCUUCAGCGACGAGCUUCAGCUCUGGAAUGAUGCCUGGUGGGACUGAAGUUUUGAUUGUAACCAGGAGUAGAGUAAAGCCUGAUACAGCGGACAAACCGAGGCGUCCGAAUUACCUGGACCUGAACCUCGACAGUCCUGGGAGUAAGAAGCAGAAAUUUGUGUUCACGCCGCCGUCGUCGUACCGCGACAAGGGACUGGGAUCCGAGUCUGAAGCCGACACUUCGCUGGACGCCCCCCACGUGGAGCAGUCGCCGUCGCUAGAUUUUCCAGACCUCGACGCGGAUUCCUUUCUGAAUGAAGUUUUGGAUGCCUGCGAGAAGACGCAUAAAUCGGGCUCGUUUUUGGCGAAAGUGGGGGAUAAAGGAGAGGAUGCCACAGACGCUGUCGAUGGUUCGCAAUCCGGAGCUUUCGGCCAUCGAACGCAGGGAUACCAGUCGGUGAACCUCACACCCAAAGAGGCCAAAGGGAACGGGAAUGCUUCCGGUCACGCGGCGUCCACGCAUUUUUCUGACCAAGACAUCCCUCACCAGUUCACUUCGCUCACGAAGGCAAACGUGGAGAAGUCUGCACAGGAGGAGAAAACUGAAGGCACUCAAGGCUUACUGAAGUGGCGAGGCCAAGUGUUCAGUGCCGACGGAAGCGACGGCGAAGACGACGGCUGCUUGGACUACCAACUCGCGCUCGGGCCACCCCCGCCGAUGCCGCCGCCUAACCCAGAAAACGAGAACAGGGAAAUUCUGCUGACACUGCAGAGGGGAUGGAACAGUCGGUUGGGGUUCAGUUUGCGUUCGUACACGCAGUCAGGGAAGCCUGGUUCCUACGUUUCUGCGAUUUACGCUGAUAGCGUCGCUUUCCGAGACGGGCGUCUGAGAGUUGGUGAUCGACUUAUGAGGGUGAAUACGUUGGAUGUCAGCGAGAUGCCGACGAGCGAAGUCAUUAGUAUUCUGAGAACGAUGCGAGGACCGAUUCUGCUGAUUCUCAUCAGACCUCCGUCGUUCACCGAAGAAUAACGCAAAAAAGCGCUGCGCAUUCGAAGGUGUGCUUUUUUGUUUGUUUUCGCAGCUAAGUUCGAAAAUCAGGUUUUGUGGAGCGUUGAGGAAUGAAGCGUUAGGUUUGACGUGUGCUUGUCAGUCUGAAUAUCCGCGAUUUCGGGGUGGACAUGUUCAUGAAUCGAACCUCCCAUGCUUUUCUUCGUUCCCUUCGAAAGCUCGCUGUCCAGCAUCUGAAAACCGACUGGUAAUUUUGCGUUAGUUCUGCUGAAAAGCAGAAUUAGACAGUAUAAAUGGUGUUUCUAAAAGUGUUUCUUGAGUGUUAAGGCGCAGUCUAAAUGAGAUAUGAAGAGGUCAAUGAUCUGAGGUUGUGACAGACGAGAUUUUGUUUUUCGUCGCAUGGGAUGAGGCAGAGUCGAGGUACAAUCCGCAGGAGGAUUUAGGCUAAGGCGUUGAAGUCAACACCAGUGCCAUAGUAGUUUGUAAUUUUUUUUUACUCUCUCGAUCGCGAAAUUGCAAGGAGAAACAAAAGUCUGUGAAGGUUAAGGACUGGGGAUACAAGAACCGUUUGUCGAUUUCCUGCAUUGAAAUGAGCUCCCUCAUUCCCGUACUUCCGUCUGUUGUCUGCUGUGUGCGGAUGAAGUGAUUCGUUUGAGAUGGAUUUUUUUUUUUUAGCCUCGUCGGGAUUCUUCCGAAAGCUGUUUAACUCACGAGCAUCUAUUGCAUUCCAGUUUAAUUUUCGUGCGUGAUGUGGGGGUUUCCGUUGUUCGAUUCAAGAAUAUCAACUGAGGUUGCAUGUGGGGUGCAGAAGUGACUUCGAGGAGUUCUCUUGUCAGCCGAAUCACUUGACGAAUGUUCCCGGUGGAAUCAAAUCCUUCCGACAGGCGAUUUUUUUUUUAAUCUUGACAUGAGGAAACCUUUUUUCAAAUCCCUGAGGGCGAAAACAUUUUUUCGCCUAAAUUUUUUCAGAACUUUUUAUCCAGCUUUUAUUUCUAUUUCGGUCCCUGUUCUGGCGCUGUUGAAUGAGUGUUCAGUCGAGAAAGGGAAGAUUGUUUUAUGGGGUUCCACUCGUGCAGUAAUAUAGAAUUUUCCUCGUGGA